UGCAGAAUAAAAUGGGAAGAAUAAGUUGAAAAUUGAAAUUCUUUUGCACCAACCAUUCCGCUUAUCACAUGUUUCAAAAAUGUCAAAGUCAAAGUUAGGUUGGUUCUUACGCAAAUGAGAGAGUAUACAUCCAUGAAAAUGGUCAGAAGUGGGGGAAUUCUCAGGUAAAGGACAAAUUACCCUGCUCUUUCCAAUCAGAAAAUGUCAAGCCCAAGGUUUCUCUUGGGAUUCUUGUUGUUCAUUGCCUGCCUUCUCAAUCUCAUCUCAGUAAACUCCGAUGGAAAGCAAACUGCCCUGUUUGUAUUUGGGGAUUCUGUCUACGAUCCAGGCAACAAUAACUAUCUGAAUAUAAGCAUUCAAGAUAAGGCAGUGUAUUGGCCAUAUGGGGAGACCUUCUUCGGGUUCCCAACUGGGAGAUUUUGUGAUGGUCGCAUUAUCCCUGACUUCAUUGCCAUGGAUGCAAAGUUACCACUGUGGAAACCUUACCUAGAACCUGGUAGUCAGCAGUUCACUAAUGGAGCCAAUUUUGCUGCUAGUGGUGCUGGUGUUCUUCCUGAGACUAAUCCAGGAUUGAUUAACCUUAGAUUGCAACUAAGUUUCUUCAAGAAGGUGGCCUCACAGUUGAGGCAGGAGCUUGGUGAAGAAGAGGGAAAGAAGAUGUUGAUGGAAGCAGUGUAUUUAUUUAGCAUUGGAGGCAAUGACAUUACUUACUUUGCUGGCAACUACCCCAAUGCUACAGAAUCAGAGCAAGAACAAUUUCUACAAGUAGUGAUUGGCAAUUUAACAGAAGUGAUCAAGGAAAUAUAUGAAAUGGGAGGAAGGAAACUUGCCUUCCAAAACGUAGGACCAAUGGGUUGCCUACCACUCGCAAAACAAGUGAAUGGAAUCAGUGGCGAUGAGUGUGUUGAAAGUCUCUCAGAGAUGGCAAGACAACUUAACAAUGCUUUGCUUAAGGCAGCUCAAGUGCUAGAGAACCAAUUAGAGGGAUUCAAAUAUUCAGUUUUUGAUUAUUACACUUCGCUUUAUGAUAUUAUUAAAAACCCUUCAAAAUAUGGUUUCCAGGUAGCAGAUGUUGCUUGUUGUGGUUAUGGGUCGAACAAUGCCAGUCAUUGUGGAAUAGAACCCUAUUAUGUGUGCAAUAAUCCAAGUGAAUAUGUAUUUUUUGAUGGUGCCCAUCCUUGCGAAAGUGCCAACAUCUUGUUCGCCGAGCUUCUGUGGAAUGGUGAACCAGAAAUUACAAAACCUUAUAAUAUGAAACAAUUAUUUGAGCUUGAUUCUGAUUAUCCUUCGGGAACUUUGUAUUCCAUAAUGAAUAGAGGUCAAACAGGAGGUAGCUUAAUUAAUUUUCCUACACUUUAAGGGUAUAGAGAAUAAAGAGAUCUCGAAUUUGAAUC